CCUUCCUAUUCAGGGAAGAGAUUUGUGUUCUUUACAGGAUCUCUCGCCUCGCGGUUCCAAAAUUUCUCUGUUUCUCACUUUCGUAUUCGGAUCGUCUCUUUUCCUUUGAAUUCGGUACUCAACUACAGUUAUUCUAGGGAGCUUUUUGUGGGUAGUUUGCAAUGGAUGAGAGGCUAAUGACCUGAUCUGAUACUUCCUGGAAAAUUUCUUCAAAAAUGCAAUCCAUAGUAACCUGAAGUCGGUAAAAGGUUUACCAUGUUACAGAAACGGUAGAUACAUUAUCUGCCUUUUGGCAUGUGAGAGCGCAUACGUGGAAUGGAAAGGAAAAUGAUAGAUGAAUUUGAACCAGGUCCACUUCCUUCGCCCAAGCAAUUAGACAGAUUUGGAUUCUUAAAGCAGGAAUCUAAUAGUUCUCCAGAUACUUUAACCAAGAACAGGUCUACUCAUGUAAAUGAGAGGGAGGAAAGGAGAGUCAGAAAAUGGAGGAAGAUGAUUGGAGUUGGAGGGAGUGACUGGAAGCAUUAUGCUAGGAGAAAACCUCAUGUUGUUAAAAGGCGUAUAAGGAAAGGUAUUCCUGAUUGUUUAAGGGGUCUUGUUUGGCAGUUGAUUUCUGGAAGUCGAGACUUAUUGUUGAUGAACCCUGGAGUUUAUGAGCAAUUGGUAAUAUAUGAGACAUCAGCCUCUGAAUUGGAUAUCAUUCGUGAUAUCUCUCGUACCUUCCCUUCACAUGUUUUCUUCCAACAGAGACAUGGACCUGGUCAAAGAUCUCUCUACAAUGUUUUAAAGGCAUAUUCUGUUUUUGAUCGGAAUGUUGGAUAUGUUCAGGGGAUGGGAUUUUUAGCUGGUUUGCUGCUUCUCUAUAUGAGUGAAGAGGAUGCGUUCUGGCUCUUGGUUGCAUUACUUAAAGGUGCAGUUCAUGCUCCUAUGGAAGGAUUAUACCUGGCGGGGCUUCCUCUAGUGCAGCAGUACCUUUUUCAAUUUGAUAGCCUUGUGAGAGAGCAACUGCCUAAGCUUGGAGAGCAUUAUACACGGGAGAUGAUAAAUCCUAGCAUGUACGCAAGCCAAUGGUUUAUUACUGUUUUCUCUUACUCCUUCCCCUUCCAUUUGGCUCUACGAAUUUGGGAUGUCUUUCUUUAUGAGGGUGUUAAGAUUGUUUUUAAAGUUGGUGUGGCUCUUCUAAAAUACUGCCACGAUGACUUGGUGAAGUUGCCUUUUGAAAAACUCAUACAUGCUUUACGAAACUUUCCGGAGGAUGCAAUGGAUCCAGAUACAUUAUUGCCCAUGGCUUACUCAAUUAGAGUGUCGAAGCAGCUGGAGGAAUCCAGACAUGAGUAUGAGAGGAAGCAUGGAAAGGACAUUCAGGAUCAGGAUGCUGAUCUUAAUGGGAAGCAACCGCAGCUGAAUUGAAGGUUCUUUUCCCUCUCUCAUAGGAGCAAAGUGUAACCAAUCAAAAUCAUUUCCUGAUUUCUGUGGCUUCUGAAUUGUCUAGAAUGUAAAUUGAAUGAUGCAUAGUCAUCAUUUAUCAUUUUAAUUAUUAUUAUUAUUUGCUUCAUUAGUACAAAUGUCUUGUAAAUCCCUAGUCCUAACCCCCCCUUGUGGACAAAACGUUCAUAAAUUUUCACAGCUUAUAUCUAAUGAUCAAUAUUUACAUUUUACAGUUUAAAA